CUUACUUUAGUGGGUUACCGUUUUCAUCGUAUUCGACUCUAUAUUUAUUAUUUAUUGUGUUUUUUAUCUGGCGGCUUGUUGUACCUUUUAAGUCGAUGGUUGCCAAAAUUAUGGAUUUGGUGGGUUGGUAAUGCAUGUGAAAUGAAAAAAGCUGAGUGGUUACUUGUGGAGAAUCAGUGGGGUGAAAUCUCAAUCGAAAAAGUUCAAAGGAAAUUUUAUGGAGGCACUGUGGCUUCAAUAUUUCCAUCGGACUUACUCGAAGAAUCGGAUAUUGCAAAAUUGGGCACUAACCAUAUGGCUGAGGAAACUUUGCAUCUUAUGCAUUACUUUGACCAUCGACAUCUUAGAUUUAUAUUUCAUCCGUGGCUAGGAAGGUUCCUUCAACACGGGUAUUGGAAAGAUCCGUCAUGGACCAAUAUUAGGUCACUGAAAACAGGGAUCUCGCGUGAAAUUCAUAAUGAACGAGAAGUAAUUUUUGGAGCAAAUUUGAUAGAUGUUGAAGGAAAAUCGACAUCUCAACUCUUAUAUGAUGAGGUGUUACACCCUUUUUACAUUUUUCAAAUCUUUUCUAUUAUUCUCUGGUGUACAGACGAGUAUUAUUAUUACGCAAUAUGCAUUUUUAUCAUUUCCGUUACGAGUGUUACUAGUACACUAAUUGAAACUAAGCAGACGCUAAAAAGAUUACGUGAAAUGUCAAGAUUCGUAUGUGAUGUGCGCGUGUUUCGUGGCGGAUUGUGGCGGGUAGUAAGUUCAGAAGACCUAGUACCUGGUGAUAUAUUUGAAAUAUCCGAUCCAAAUCUUCACAUUUUCCCGUGCGACGCUUUACUAUUAGCUGGAGACUGUAUAGUAAAUGAAAGCAUGCUUACAGGCGAAUCGAUUCCCGUCUCAAAGUUACCCAUAACUGACACGGUUCUACAAAUGCUAGAUUUCUCAUCUCCAAACUUUAGUCCCGACGACUUAAA